UGACGGUAGUGUAGUUGUACAGUUACAUGGUGCUCGCGGUCCGCGGAGGAACAUGGAUUUACUUGUCACUUCUCGAAAUGAUGUAAAAUAAACUAGAGUUUUGUGCAUCAGAUUACAUUUGGCUAUUUCUCAUUUCGCUCGUCGCUCGUAGCACAGAUAUACAUUACUAGUCGACAAGAUGAUGUCCGAUCGAAAAGCUGAGCUAGAGAGGAAGAAGGCGAAACUACAAGCCAUUAGGGAAGAAAAAGAGAGACGCAGGAGAGAAAAAGAACAGAAAGAUGUAGAGGAAGCUACCGUUCGUGCCGCUGGCACGGAGAAGGAUCAGCGUAAGGAGAUAGAUGCGAUGCUGUCUUCUUUGGGUGUAGCACCAGUGUCAGAUGUACUCUCUAGUUUGUCCAGUAUGAGUUCGUUGACGCCUGAGCAAAGUGCUAAUGCUACACCAGACGCCAGUCUACAGCCAUCUAGUAUAAAUUCUGCUCACAGCAGCGCAGGACGAAGGAAGAAUCGAGAACUCACAAUUGUCUCUGUGGCACACACAAACAUUCCACCGAAAGAGCCAGUCGUCUACAGCAAGCAAACACAAACCAUCCAGACUACGCAUACAUCCCACGACGGACUGUCCACAUCGUCUUCCGCAUACACCAUCUACUCCUCCUGUUCAACAACAACACCAACUCACUCUUGCUCCGCAGGCUACUUUGAGACUGACUGGUGGCGUCCCAGGAAAGGUGGGUCUGCACCAAACUACCUAUCUCAUGCAUUCGACUAUUACGACGAGUACAAUCUAAAUCCUGGUUUAGAAUGGGAGGACGAAUUUACAGUUUUGACAUUUGAUGAUGGCCAAGCCGAAGACGAAGAAAAUAGCUUGCCGCACAUGGACGGUUUCCAAAGUAAGCUCCCACCAGGAAUCCUACCUCAUGGGUUACCGCAAGUCAAAGAAGUCCAGCCUGCCGUUACACAGGUAGAGCAAGAGAAACAAAAAGAGAAGCCCAAGAAAGAAGUACGAGAACUUAGCGAAGAAGAGAAGCAAAUGAUUAUUCUAUCGGAAGACUUCCAACGAUUUCUUGAUCGUACCAGCAGAAUCGUAGAGAGAGCGUUGGGCGAAUCGGUCGAUAUCUACACUGAUUAUGCCGGCACUAUGGAUGGUGAAGACGGAAUGGACGAGAAGAGUCAUCAACGAUUGUGGUUAAAUCGCUCAUUCAUCUGCGAACGAUGGUCUCGCAAUCGUUGUGUGACUUCCAUGGACUGGUCGCCACAAUUUCCUGAGCUUUUAGCGGCUUCGUACAACAACAACGAUGAUACUCCGAAUGAUCCUGAUGGAGUAUGUCUAAUCUGGAACACGAAAUUUAAGAAAACAACCCCAGAAUUUAUCUUUCAUUGUCAGUCGCCCGUUAUGUCAACCACGUUUGCUAGAUUUCAUCCGAACUUAAUCCUGGGAGGCACCUAUUCUGGUCAAAUCGUGCUCUGGGACAAUCGAGUGCAAAAGAGGACUCCCAUACAACGCACUCCUUUGUCCGCUACUGCGCAUACCCAUCCGGUGUACUGUUUGAGCGUCGUUGGAACACAAAACGCACAUAAUCUGAUCAGCAUUUCGACAGAUGGCAAACUAUGCUCGUGGAGUCUAGACAUGCUGUCACAGCCGCAAGAGGCACUGGAAUUGCAUACGAAACAAUCGAAAGCGAUUGCUGCCACAUGCCUAGCUUUUCCGCAUGGUGAUGUUAACAAUUUCGUCAUGGGAAGUGAAGACGGGACUGUUUAUUCAGCCUGCCGACACGGCAGCCGCGCCGGGUUGACGGAAACGUACGAGGGUCACCAGGGACCGGUGACUGGCAUUAGCGCGCACGCGGUGCAAGGUGGAAUAGACUUCUCUCAUCUAUUUCUAACGUCCUCGCUCGACUGGACCAUCAAACUCUGGAGUUUGAAAGAAAACAAGCCACUCUACUCUUUCGAGCACAACGGCGACUAUGUCUACGAUGUCGCUUGGUCUCCGACGCAUCCAGCACUGUUCGCCGCCGUUGAUGAUUCCGGUAGGUUGGAUCUGUGGAAUCUAAAUCAAGAUACAGAGGUGCCUACCGCCAGCGUCGUCGUCGACGGAUGCCCUGCUCUGAAUAGAGUAUCAUGGACACCAAGCGGAUUGCAUGUCACUGUCGGUGACGAUACCGGUAAAAUAUGGGUUUAUGAUGUCGCCGAGCAUCUAGCUCAUCCAAGAAUUGACGAAUGGAACAAGUUUUUGUACACGCAACAGGACCUAAAGAACAACAAAGCAGAUGAAGAACUAGAUAAACUUAAUCUUAGUUCCGGGCCAUCUUCCUUAACAUCGAUGACAUCUAUUUCGUCGGUGCCUCUUAGAUAAAAAUUAAAAUAUAAUUUGCUCUAGAUUUGAUUAUCCUAAUUUAAUUGCCCUAAUAAUUUCCUCCUGAAAUGAAUUACACUUUCAAUCAAUAAAAAACAUCAAAAAUAAGAAUCUAGAGGAAAUGUCGACUCCAAUUUUACUGAAUGUAAUAUUAAAAGAUUAGUCAUCAAUUUUUUAUUCUUUACCAUUAAUAGAAGUUAGCAAUAUUAAAACUAUUAUGCUUUAAAAAUAUAGAUACAUAUUAACGUGUUAAAUAUUAAUAAUUGCUCUAAUACAAAUAUAUACGUUUAAUUAAAAUAAGAGAUAUUAGUUGAAUAAAUCUGUAUUAUUGGAAUUGUAAAUAAUACUUUGAUCAUAUUUUAAAGUUAUUUUAAAUAAUUCGUUGAGAUAAAACUCAAAUGUAUACGUUUCGCAAUACUGUUUAUCGAUAUAAUAAUAUUACGUAAUGCUAAAUUUAGAAACAUUGCUAGUAGAAAUUUACGAAGAUAAAUAUUCAUUGAAUUGUAAUGUAAAAGAACACAAAACACAUACUCAUUAAGUUACGUGAUGUAUGUAUAUAAAUACCUGUUCAAAUAAUUUGCUCAUGUAAUUCGUCUUAUUCGUUCAUUUUUCCUAAUAGUCAUCGCUAUCUUUUAAGGAACAUAUUUAUUAGGUGUUUUUGUAACAUCUUGUUUAAGUUAAUGCAAAUACAUGUGAUUUAUUGUGAAAUAAAAUCUUUUUAAACGUA